CCACUAGCAGUUUAUCGUUCGAUGGCAAAAAUCGAUGGUGAUCCCUGUUCUGGCCGCCCCGGAAAGAAAGAGAAGAGAUGCAUGCUGGGGAUUGAAUGACGUGAGACGUGGGCUGGGUGACGGAGACAUCGUGCGACGGAUGUGAGAGGGGACAGUCAUUGUGCUGUUGCUGCUGCUGCAGUAGGAGGAAGAUCAGUCGCCGCAAUGUCUGCCUCCUUUAGGAAAGCGCUGAAGUCCCGGCAAAAGGACCACAAGGAGAGGUCCCAGCCUGGCUUUCGAAAAAAGUUGGGGUUCUUGGAGAAAAAGAAAGACUACAAGCUGCGUGCUGAAGAUUACCGGAGAAAAAGAAACACACUGGAUGCUUUGCGGAAGAAAACCCUUGAAAAGAAUCCAGAUGAAUUCUACUUUAAAAUGACCUCGUCCAAACUGCAGGACGGGGUCCAUGUGAUAAAGCAGAAGUCAGAUGAAGUAACAGAUGAACAGCUUAAACUCAUGAGGACACAGGACAUAAAGUAUGUGGAGAUGAAAAGAGUAGCCGAAGCCAAGAAAAUUGAGCGUUUGAAGUCGGAGCUCCAUCUACUGGAUGCCGAAGGAAAGCCCAACAAUACGCAUACUUUUUUCUGUGAUACCAAGAAAGAAGUUCGACAGUUUGAUUUGGCUGCACAUCUGAACACGGCGCCGGAGUUGGUGGACAGAGUGUAUAAUAGACCCACCUUGGAAACCCUCCACAAGCAGAAACUGAAGGGUCUCACAGACUCCAAGCAGUUAAAAAAAUUGGACAAACAAAGGCAGCAUCAGUACACGAUUUUAAAACAACGAAUUGAAAGAGAAAAGAAAAUGUUUGUAAUUUCUCAGAAAAUACAGACUCGCAAAGAUCUGCUGGACAAAAGACAAAAAGUGAAGGUGAAGAAAGAAACUGUGAAAUCUCCGGCUAUUUAUAGAUUUAAAAUGCAGAGGAAACGAUAGCUGCAACAGUGGCAACAAGGAGCUGCGUAAUCUCUUCCAUCAGAUGAAGCCAGACGUGUGUUGUUUUUUGCAACUUCCAGAAUUAACUGUACCAUACUUUUUAUAGCAGACAAAUAUGAAUAAUUGAACACUUGUAAUGAAGGCAAUGUGACUAUGAUGACCGUUCUAUUUCUAAUACAUUCCUGCCAUAAAAGUUAUAAGUGCCUUGCUUUGGUAAUUUUGUUUUGUUAAAAAAAAAAAAAAUUAUAUAUAUAUAUAUAUAUAUAUAUAUAUUAUGUUAUUCCUAAUUCACGGUUGUAACUCAAGUUAUACUUUGAUCGGUAUGCUUAUUGUUGAAUAAGAUAAUAAGCCUAUGGUAUAUUUUGGCAUAGAGAAGAUAUACAUGCUGCACUACCUUAUUUGUGACAUCUUUUGCAACUGAAAUGUUAAGAGUAUUGGGGGUCUAUUCAUGACGCAGUGAAAAAGAGUGGAGAAGUGAGACUGUGGAGAAGUUGCCCAUGGCAACCAAUCAGCUGCUCCAUACAGUUGUAUAGUAUGCAAAUUAUAAAUGUUACUUCAAUGCUGAUUGGUUGUCAUGGGCAACUUUUCCACUGGCUCACUUCUCCACACCUUUCACUGCUUCAUGAAUAGACCCCUUAGUGAGGACAGCUUAUUUUGUGAACUGCUCUUUUAGAUUGGACUGAUAACUAGUCUCUUUCCUCCAUACAUGUAUGAAAACACUUUAGAAAUACAAAUAAUUGCAAGAUUUAAA